AUGAUGGUCAAUUGGAAUAGAAUAAGUAUCCUAUUGGGAUUAUUAUGGUUUGGUAGCCUUAUCCAAGCUUCGUCUGUCUUGACUGAAUCCAUAGAUGAUUCCGUUUCAUGGAAAAACGCUCAUUAUUCAAGAACAAUUGACCUUUCUAAAUCAUAUGUUAAGGAACUUGAUAUUAUUGAUAUUGUUAAUACGGGGGAUAAACCUCAAGAUGAAUAUUAUUUCAUAGUGAAUGAUGGAUUCGAUUCAAUUCCUCAACUUUCCCUUAUUUCAUUUGCUAUAUUUAAUUCAAUUACUCCAACUGAAGUAUUACAUGAUGAAAUCAUUCCUCAUAAACUUUUUAAAGUUAAAUUCCCAACUCCAAUCGCUCCUAAUUCUAACGUGGAAUUGAAAAUCACUUAUGUCUAUACUAAUGUUUUAGAACCAUUACCUGCUAAAAUUGGUAUGGAACAAGUUCAAACCUUAUUAUAUAGAGGUAAUAAAUUUCCUUAUUCUGCUUAUGCAAGUGAUGAUUAUAGUUUAAUCUUUAGUGGUAUUGCUAAAGGUCAAGAAAUGGAAUUAUUAGUGGAAAACAUUGAUGAAUUAAAUAUUACUCCUGAUUUACCUGAAUUAAAACCUGAAGUUGAAGGUAAAACUUUGAAAUACGGUCCAUUAUUUGACGAAAUUUCUCCUUUAACUUUAAGUCCAAUGGGUUUAUUAUAUGAACAUAAUAGACCAUUAACCUUUGUUCAUAAUUUAAACAGAUCUAUUUGGAUCCCAGCUUCUGAUGUCGAUCAAUUAUCAAUUGAAGAAUACUAUGAAUUAACUAAUAAUGGUGCUCAAUUGAAUACAGGAUUUUCAAGAGUUGAUUGGUUAAAAGGUAGAUUUCAAGGUACAAGAAAUCAUUUUGCAUUAAGUCAUCUUGAAAUCCCAACUAGUUAUUCUAAAUUUGCCAAUUAUUAUUUCAGUGAUUUAGUUGGUGUUAUUUCAACUCAUCAAUUUAUAAAAGAUUAUUUAAUUUUACAACCAAGAUUCCCAAUCUUUGGUGAAUGGAAAUAUAAUUUUACUUUAGGUUGGAAUGAAAAUUUAGGUGAAUUCUUACAUCAAGUUAAUCAAGUUGAAGAUGAAUAUAUUUUAAAAGUUCCAAUUUUAAAUGCUAUUAGAGAUGUAACUUAUAAUAAUACUUAUUUGAAUAUUUAUUUACCUGAAAAUUCUCAAUUUAUAAAUGUUUCAUCACCAAUUGAUAUCAAAUCAAUCACAGUCAAUAAUGAAUUAUCAUAUCUUGAUGUGGCAAAGGGUCAUACUAAAGUAACUCUUCAUUUCCAAGAUUUAUUCGAUGAUGCCAGUAGAUUGAAUGUUCUUAUUAAAUUCAAAUACACUAAAUUAGAUUAUAUUUCAAAAAUUGCUAAAAUCUCAGGAUUUGUGUUUAUUGCUUUAAUCAGUUAUUAUGGUUUAUCAUUAAUUGAUUUAUCUAUCACUGAUAAGAAGAAGCGUUCAACUCCUCCUGCUUCAGCUCAAUCAUCAGCUCCAUCAUCAGCUUCUUCAUAG